GCGGCCCGGGCGGGAGCGGAGGAGGAGGAGGAAAGCAGCAGCAACAACAACAACAACAACAACAACAAGAAGGGCUGAGGGAAGAAGGACGGACUGAAGGGCGGACCAACCUCCUCGUCCUCGUCGUCCUCCCCCGGAGGCUGCAGGCACUUUUAGACCUUGGAAUUUCUUCGGCUACUCACCAGAAAGCAACAAGUGAAAACACUGGCGUUGGCCCUCUAAUCGCUCAUUUUUGACAUCUGCUUUUGACUCUUUGACUCAUGGAGAGCUCCAGGACUUACUAGCAGCAAUUUACUCCCAAGCCGCUGCAUGUGUAUCUGCAGUCUGGACCACUCUUACCAUGGCCUCUUCGUCUGCUGAACCACAGAUCUUCUUGGAGAACGGUGCCGGCGAUGGCCCUUCCUCCGUCUCGGAGAAGCCACUCGAUCCCCCCGACGGAAGAGAGGAGCUCAACUGUGCCAGUAUUAAUGUGAAUAAAGCGUCAAAUGAAGGCAAAAGAAUGGAGAUGCUCAGCAAAGAGGACAUCUGUCAGAAUGGACCAGCGCCUCAUUUCCCAGAUCCUUCAUUGUCUUUUGAACUCUCCAGCAGCCCAUAUGGUCCAGAUUCAUCUCCAGGUGUGACUGGUUUCCAUGACAACCUAAGGAAGUCUCAGGGAUCUAGUACUGAGGGCAUAGUCCUUAGAAAAGAAGCUUUGCAGUCUCUCAAACUAAGUCUUCCUAUGCAAGAAACCCAAUUGUGCUCAUCAGACUCUCCUCUCCCCUUGGAGAAAGAAGAACAAAUCAGACUUCAGGCUCGGCGGCGACUGGAAGAGCAGCUCAAACAGUACAGGGUGAAAAGGCAUCAGGAGAGAGCUAAUCAGCCUGCCCCAAAAAGUCGACUGUCUAGCACACUUGAUCCCGAGCUGAUGUUCAAUCCUGAAAUUUUGCCGAGGGCCAGCACUGUAGCUAUGACAAAAGAGUACUCGUUCUUGAGGACCAGUGUCCCGAGAGGGCCUAAAGUCGGCAGCUUGGGACUUCCAGCCCACCCAAAGGAGAAAAAAGGCUCCAGAUCUUCCAAAUCAGGUAGGAUCCGCUCCCUGGCUGACUACCGGACCGAAGAUUCGGACUCCGGCCAUCCAAGCGGCAAGCUUCUGGUUCCCGACUCGUCCGGCGGUUCUCUGAAGCAGAACAGGAGCAGUCUGACCUCAGUUGUGUCCGAAAUAACCGUGACCUCCGAGGCAGAUGAGCGACUGGAGAAUUCCUCCGUAGCGGGAGAUAGCGUUUCGGAGGUCGACGGAAGUGAAACGGGAAUGAGACUGGAUGGGAAUGAGAGCGACAGCUCUACCUACAGCAGUGUCUCUGGGAGAGGAAUGGAUGGCGUGGUUCUGAGCUCAGAGGGCAGAAAGGGAGCUUCCUACACAGUGAAUGGCCAGGAGAUCACCCUGGACGCUAUGGGGCAGUUUCCUUCCAUCAGGGAGGUUCUGCAGGCUGCGGCAGCGGAACAUCACGCCCAAGAGCAAGAGGUCAAUGGGGAAGUGAGGAGCCGGAGAGACAGCCUUUCCAGCAGCGUAUCCCUGGAAAGCUCCAUCGCAGGCACUCAUGAUGAAGUGUUGCAGAUCCUUAAAGAGAAGAUGAGACUUGAAGGGCAACUGGAAGCCUUGUCAAUAGAGGCUACUCAGGCCCUUAAAGAGAAGACAGAGCUGCAAACCCAGCUAGCAGCCUUAAACACAAAGCUUCAGGCUCAGGUGGAGCACAGCCAGAGCAGUCAGCAGAAACAGGACUCCCUCAGCUCACAAGUGGACACCUUAAAACAGUCUUGUUGGGAUCUGGAGCGAGCCAUGACUGACCUGCAGAACACACUGGAAGCAAAAAAUGCCAGCCUGGCGUCUUCAAAUAACGACCUGCAAGUGGCAGAGGAGCAAUACCAAAGACUCAUGGGAAAAGUGGAAGAUAUGCAAAAAAACAUCCUCAGUAAGGAUAACACAGUGCAAGAUUUGCGGCAGCAGAUGAUCUCCUUGCAGAACCAACUUCAGCAGGUCCAGCUAGAGCGCACCACGCUGGGCAGCAGGCUGAAGGCAUCCCAAGCUGAGAUUGCCUCCCUUCAGAAGGUGCGACAGUGGUACCAACAGCAGCUGGCACUAGCCCAGGAAGCCCGGGUCAGGCUGCAGAGUGAGAUGGCGCACAUUCAGGCUGGCCAGAUGACUCAGGCUGGCAUGCUGGAGCACCUCAAACUUGAGAAUGUCUCUUUGUCCCACCAACUGACAGAGACCCAGCACAGGUCCAUCAAGGAAAAGGAACGCAUUGCAGCCCAGCUCCAAAACAUUGAGGCCGACAUGCUAGAUCAAGAAGCCGCAUUUGUUCAGAUCCAAGAAGCUAAAAUAAUGGUGGAAGAGGAUCUACAAAGAAAACUGGAGGAGUUUGAGGAUGAGAAAGAACAACUGCAGAAAAUGGCAGAUUCUGCAACAUCUUUGGAACAAGAAUUGGAGCAGGUGAGGUUGACUUUACAUCAGCGCGAUCUGCAGCUUGAAACAUUACAGCAAGAGCAUAUGGACAUCAUGAAGCAGCUUACCCUGACCCAGGAGACACUGCACACCAAAGAGCAGUCCCUCGGUGACCUUCAGACCCGGUAUGACGAGCUGGAGGCCAGAUUAGAGGAACUCCAGGGAGAUGCUCUAUCCAAGGAGGACAUGAUCCAGUUCUUGCAGAAUGAGAAAAUCGUCUUGGAGGUGGCGCUGCAGGCAGCAAAAACUGGCAAGGAAGAAUUUGAGGAAGGGGCAAAACACUUGGAAGAAGGGAGCGAAGUGGCCUCAGAAGUUUUAGAGCAUUUGAGGCAAGAAAUAGCUAUAAAGUCCAGCCAGGUGGAAAACUUACAACAGGAAAGUGCUACCCUGAAGAAGCAGGCACAGAAAGUCAAGGAACAGUUCCUACAACAGAAGGUGAUGGUGGAAGCCUACCGAAGGGAUGCCAGUUCCAAGGACCAGCUGAUCAGUGAGCUAAAAGCAACGAAGAAAAAGCUGGACUCAGAAGUAAAGAUGUUAAGGCAGGAGCUAAUUCAACUUCAGGGAGAUAAGAAGUCCGUGGAAGUGGAGCAUUCAAGGUUACAGAAGCAGUUGUCCCAGGUUCACCAGCAGAUGACAGAUCUGGAAGGGCAUCUCCAAGUGGUGCAGAAAGAACGGGAUGAAAUGGAAACACAACUACAGUCGGUGCAAUUUGAUAAAGAGCAAAUGAUGUCUCUUACCGAGGCGAAUGAGGUAUUAAAACAGCAAGUAGACCAAAUGCAGCUAGAAGCCAAAAAGGCUAUUACGGAACAAAAGCAGAAGAUGAAGCGCCUGGGAUCAGGCUUGACUAGUGCCCAGAAAGAGAUGAAAGCCAAACACAAAGCCUACGAAAAUGCGGUGGGCAUACUCAGCCGCCGCCUGCAGGAAGCCCUCACUGCCAAGGAGUCUUCGGAAGCCGAACUGAGCAAGCUCAGAGCCCAGAUCACCGAUGGAGGAAGUGACCAAGCUCUCCAUGAAAGAAUUCAGGCUCUGGAGGCGGAGCUGCAAGCAGUCAGCCAUAGUAAGAUGGUACUGGAGAAAGAACUGCAAGAAAUCAUUUCUCUCACCAGUCAAGAGUUGGAGGAAUACCGGGAGAAAGUGAUUGAACUAGAAGAUGAGCUUCAGGAAUCUAGAGGCUUCAGGAGGAAGAUCAAACGCCUCGAGGAGCAGAAUAAGAAAUUGGCUCUGGACCUGGAGCAUGAACGAGGGAAACUGACAGGGCUGGGGCAGUCCAACGCAGCCCUGCGGGAGCACAACAGCAUCCUGGAAACAGCUUUAGCCAAGAGAGAGGCAGAUUUAGUGCAACUGAACUUGCAGGUGCAAGCAGUUCUCCAGCGCAAAGAGGAAGAGGACCAGCAGGUGAAAAAACUUAUUCAGACCUUACAGGCGGCUCUAGACAAGGAAAAGAAGAAAGUGAACAAUCUUAAGGAACAGGUGGCAGCAACCAAGGCGGACGCAGGACACAACCGUCGUCAUUUCACAGCAGCUUCCCUGGAACUCAGUGAGGUGAAGAAGGAACUACUAGCCAAAGAGCAGCUGGUCCAGACGCUGCAAGCUGAAGUGGACAAAUUGCAGGUUCAGGAUGGAAAACAAGCCCAAGAAGUGUCUCGGUUCCAGCAGGAGCUGGCAGAAACUCGGGCUCAGCUUCAGCUUCUGCAGCAGCAGCUGGAGGAGCAGCUCAGCAAGCAGCCUGUUGGCAACCAAGAGGUUGAAGAUCUCAAGUGGGAGGUUGAACAGAAGGAGAGAGACAUCCAAACCUUAAAGCAACAGCUGGACUUGACCGAACAGCGUAGUCAAAAAGAGCUAGAAGGAAUGCAGCUGGUAUUGCAGGAUCUCAAAACUGAGUUGGAGAUGGUGCAGAAGGGUCUGUCAAUGACUCAGAAAGACAAGUUCAUGCUCCAGGCAAAAGUGACAGAACUGAAAAACAGCAUGAAGACUCUUCUGCAGCAGAACCAGCAGCUGAAGCUGGACCUGAAACAUGGAAAAAUGAAGAAGAGGAAGGACCUGAAGAGCGAGACCAAUUCUUCCAAUCCGGUGACUCCUGUGAAGGUUCCGGACUGCCCUGUCCCAGCUUCGCUCCUAGAGGAACUCCUGAAGCCACCCACUGCUGUCAACAAGGAGCCUUUAAAAAACCUCAACAGCUGCCUCCGGCAACUCAAGCAGGAAAUGGAUAGUCUUCAACGGCAGAUGGAAGAACAUACCAUCACGGUUCAUGAAUCCAUGUCUUCGUGGACUCUGCUCGAGGGCCAGUUAAUGGAUGUCGCUGCUACUUGUUCUCCUGCAACUCCCGGAGAGCAGGAAGAUUCCAGGGUGGACAGAGAGGAGCAGAAACCCAGCGCUGGGGAUAAGGAGAUAACAGAACAGUGACCUCUGCGGCUGUCGUCCAUCUUCCUAAGUCUUUAAAGGGUGGAAAGGAGUAGUGUUUUGUCACGAUGUUUAGUUGGGUAGGUCUGUAUUUUUUUUUUUCCCCUCAAAGACAGUUUUCCUAGUUUUACUUUUUGCCUUUGAAUGAUAACAGUAUCAUCAACGGAGUAGCAAAAUCCUCUUUGAUUUGACCCCAUUUAAUGUUGCUGUCUAUGAAACUCUGCUUCCCCUCCUGGCCAAUCUUGGUUGGGAUCUGAGGGUAAAGGGUGGGUGGGGGGAAGGAUUUUGAGCAAGGCUUUAUCCAAUCUACAUUAUGCUAACCAUUGCCCAUUGAGGGUUUAUGAUAUUUAGGAAGUUUUAGGAGAUAAGUAUGGGCCAAGAGUCUCCCUAUGGCCACAGCUGGCCAGGUGAACAACUGGGUUUCCAGUUUCUCACCUUCCUGUCAGGUCAGGGGGACCUUUACUUCACUGCUGAGAGAAAAACACCUUAUUUUGCACCUUUGCUUUGUUUAUUUUGAAUAUAGUCAUCCUACUACAGGGUGUGUAUAUAAAAAAAAAAUCAUCUAAUUUGAGAACUUUUAUAUAUACAUAUAUAUAUAUUUGCUUAUGUAAUUUAAGAAUGAUCUGGGUUGUCUUUCUAUUACUUUCCUCUCGUUGCCUUGUUUAUUUACUGGUGGGAAAUAUUGUACAUAGUAAAGAUUUAGGAAGGCUAGUCCCAAAAGGAAAAGUUUUAGCAAUGUCACUCUUUUACUGACCAUACCUUUCGAGACCAAGUGUGUGUCUCUGAAGAUAGGCAAUUUUAAUUUUUUUGUGAUCUUCUCUCCCUUCUCAUUUUCCAUGCAGUUUCCAGACCGUUCCUAGUACAGAUGUACACUAUGUACAGACAGGGCACUGGCAUUCCAGUCCUCUGGGUUCUGUCCAGAUACAGCCUGCUACCCCAGGCUAGCUAAAGCACCCUGGUCCUCUUCAGCCCUCCUCCCUUCCAACAGCAUAGAAAUUUGGUCCUCGCCUUCCUUUAAAAGUCAUUAAAACAAAAGAGUACUUUUUGCUUGGCCUAUACUUUGAAUCCAAUGUGGAACAGCAAAUCUAAACUUCCUGCAUUUAAGAUUCAGUACUUGGUUAUUGGGCUCACUAAUUCAUUAGAAGAAAACACUCUGUUAUAGAAGGAAUGGUUAUUACAGUUGAUAGCUUUAAUCAACCAAAAUGUUUGUUUUCCUAAAUGUUGUAUUCUCUUAAUAGCAUCUAAUGUUUGUGUAAGUCAGGUGGUCAGGUUCACAAGGAAAGUAGAUAGGUCUCCAGGGUGUGUUCUCUAUGUCGUUUUCCAAAGAACUGAAGUGCCUCCGUUUUAAAGUUCAGGCAUCACAGGGGUAUGAGGUUCAUCUUUCGUUCACGUUCUGUUUUGCCUAAUUUUUUUUCUUAAACACUGUUGAAAAUGAAGUGAGAAGAGCUUUAGGAUUUUGUGUCUUUUGUUUGUUUUUUUACAGAAAAGUUUAAAGACUCCUAUUUAUUAAAGUUAAUGAUUGAGAGGCUGUGUGUUCACAAGGUUGAGGGAGAAGAAUGAAUCGCUGUGGCUGUUAGAUGCCAAUUCCGCAGCUUUGCUGGCCUGAAAGUGAAGUUUGAAAGGUUUCCUGACCAGCCCCGAUAUGCUAAGUGUUUCUGUUCUGCGGAGAUCUCGGUGGAGAAACGGUGCAGGAUCAUCUGUUAUCUGUGUCCUUAAGGGUGUCUCAUACACUCUUUUGUAAAGGGGGGAAAAAUAUACUAUUAGUAAAGUUAAAACAUCAUUAGAGACAUAGGUUUAGUCCAAUUCCCCACCCCACCCCCCCAAAAAAAAACAAAACACCCAUUAAGUGUUGUUUUCAAAUGAAACAUUUGUGCAGGGUUAAUCUUGCUUUUAUACUUGAAAAUUACAUUAUGUACAGGUAAGCAUCCCCUGGAAGUUUGAAACAGUUGUACAGAUCAAACUGUUCACCUGGAUUGAGAGAAGCCAAGAGUGGAGUUUGCCUUCUUGGUUCUUCAAAAAGGUAUUAGCCUGCCCCUUCCUUUUCCUUUGCAACCAGAGUUACACACUCUGUCUCAGCAGUGCAGUGCUACUUUCUCACUAGUUGCUUAAGAAGAUACCUCCAAACAAGUAGUCGUCAAUGUACAUUUUUCCCCUUAGGGAAAGGUAGACUUGUGUUGACAAGUUGUGAGUGUGUUGGUUAUGUGCAAAUGGAUUCCUUCCACUCUCCUUAUUUAUGCUGGCAGCCCCUGCCGGUGGGGUUUGGACACAACUGCUGAUGCUCUUGAGAACUCUUUAUAUCCUUUUGUUCCACAAACUUCAUCCAUCCUUUCCCUCGUUGAGCAUCCCUUACUUUCCCCUCUUCCCUUCCGCUACUGGACACGUAGGCUUUUCUCAGUCUUGACCUGGAAAUGAAGACCUGCCAGACUGAAGGAUUAAAUCUGAGUCCUCCGUCAGCACUGCCCUCGCAAUUCCCCAGGAAGGUAAUUGCAAGAGCAAACAGCUAUCCCUUUAACCCUGAAUAUCAAAAGGUAGCCACCUUUGGUUUCUGUGAGGAUUUCGUGUUCCCUUCAAACAACUGUACUUCCUCUGCUGUUUUACUGACACUUCAGCUACCUCCCCAACCACGUUCUAGUAAAGAAAGUUAGCGAUUAGCAGGGUGUAUGCAAGACCAUACUUAAAAAAAAAGAGUCAUCAAUACCACAAGAUUCCUUUAAAAUUACUCAGCGACACUAUAUUUGUGUGAAUGCAGAUGUUCCCUGUCUGGGGUGUUCUUUAAUUGAAGAAAAGCCCCCAGGACUCCAUUAAAUAGUUCCUGUCUUCCAGGCUGGAAACAUUUUGUGCACGGGUUAUAAGACGCUGCCCUUUCCGUAGUAGACAUCAGAAAAAUAAAUACGCUGGAUCAUAGAGAUGAUGUUCUUCCCUUGGAGGCUGCUGCCAACCCGUCUAACCUUUACUUGAGGGGCAAGGUGUCCUUUAGCCUGGUGAGUUCAGAUCUGGGUUCAGGUUUUAAACUGGGCCUCCUGAGAGCGAGACCCCAGGGGUGACAGUGAAAGGUACUGACAGUUCGGCACCGCAUCCUGAAAUGGUGUCUCUCGGCCUGGCCCAAGACAUUAGUCUCUGGGGCAGCUGAAGUUAACCUGCAAAGCCAAUAGUGAUUUUAAAUAAGAAAAAAAAAACAGGCUCUAGGCCUGUAGUCUCAAAGGCCCUAUGGGCUCUGAGGCCUAGCAGUAAUCCAGUUCACUUGAAACAUGAAGAUGGGCAAUCCAUGUAAGCAGUUUAUAUCCUAAAGUGGAUUAUUAUAGUUAUUUUUUUGGUUUGGUUUUCAAGCAUCAAAUUAACUCUGCUGCUUUGUGCAGUGUGGGCAAAGUCUCACAAAAGAGAAUCACCCCUUGCUGAUAGGGCUCUCCACGUUAGCGUGUUUUGCCCAAAUCUUAUUUGCACAGAUUUCUGGGAGUGAAGUUAUCCUGAAUAUUAAAAAAAAAGACUAAUGUUUUACAUGCAUUUUUAGUUACUGUCGAAUCAAAUGUUCUAAGAAAAGUUCAUUCUUCGUUUCCUGACUUCUCUUUUGAGUAAUUUGAAGAAAAAGUCACCCAUGUAUGAUUACUUGUAAAAGCAUGUUAAAGAGGUUCAAGUGUGCAUAGGAAUUCCUUCAAAGUUUUGUGCAAUAAACUAUUUUUUGGUAAA